UCGUUUCGAAUCCGAAAGAUGGCAGCGCUUAUAAAAUGUAGCUGACGACGUGAUCGCAGACACAACGCAGUAAAGAUUGUCAACGACAGCUGGUAAAACUAGAAAUUGCGAUGGCUCCGAAAGGAAAAGAGAAGAGAAAAGAAUCUAAAAGGCAGAAGUGGAAGCCUCUGGACGCUGAAACGAAACAGUCAACGGAGGAAACGGAACCUAAGUCCGGUGGAGAUGCUCCGUCCAACCCAACGGAGAGCAAAAGCUCAUCCGUAGCGACGACGGCUCCUACACCGAUAGAACCCACGUGCGACCCCCAGUUUAGGAAACGGGGACUCACCAGCAAUUGGAGUCGCUACGACGAGCCCGUCGAAGUUGAAACCGAGUACAACAGGAAGCGCGGCGAGGACUUUGACCUCUUGCUGAGCGCAUCAGCUGGAGCGAGCGCACACUUUCGCUUCAAGGAGCAACAGGACUGGCAAGACGAACCAGCCGAGCUCUGCGAAUUUCUCUCCAUCGACUGUGACACAAUCGUUGAGGCGCUGCAAACAAUUCCCCUGCACGAGCGCCUUGGCCUACCAGAGGACGUUUUCCCGGCCAGCGUUAUACAGGAGUUCAAAGAUGAGGCAGCCGCCUGCAAAGAAAAGUAUGAGGCAUUCCUUCGGACUGGAAAGCGACAGACCAAGACAAUGCCGGAUGUUGGGGAGUCCUUGAAGAACUCUUUACAAGCAGCCAUAAUUGCAGCAGCCAAGCCAAAGCCCAAGCCAACCAAAGAGGACGAUGAUUUGGAGGAGUUGCUCAACCUUUCUCUCAAGUCGCCUCGGCCGGACAAUUCGCAGAAGGACAAGAAGGGCGAGGAUGAGAGAAACCUGCAGUUUUUGCUUUCGCUCACAGAUGAACAAAAUGAGAAAGAUGUGUUACCUGCAGUUGGAGAGACGGCCACAACCAUUGUUGAACCUCAACUCAAAGCCGCGGAAGAGCCAGUCAAGUCGGCAUCUCAACCUCAGAAGCCGACAGUAGACCUAGAAGACUGGUUAGACAGUGUUUUGCAAGACUAACGUGUGGAACAUAUUUAUAUAAAGCACAUUAUUUUGAAACUGAAA